ACAUUUCAAUACAUUUUCAGAUUUGGAGUGGCUGCUUACGGCCCUAUCUGAAGAGAAGAAAGGACACGUCCACUGACGAGACAGACAGAGCGAGUGGCUAGAGCCGGGCUGCAGAUCCUGCUGACAAUACCUGAAGACUGCCUUAUCUUAGUGAAAGCCAAGGAACAAAGAUGGAUUCUGUUUACAUUAAACAGGAGGAGGUUCUGGAAGUGGAUCCUUUCCACAUUAAAGAAGAAACUGAACUGGAACCUGUCCACAUUAAGGAAGAGACUGAAAUGGAGCCGGUCCACAUUAAAGAAGGGGAGUCUAUUGACUUGUUGCUUAAGGAUUCAGAAAGCAUAUCCCGGCCAAAAAUGCUAUAUCAAUGUGCUGAAUGUGGGAAAAGCUUAAGUCGGUUAGGACACCUAAAAAGACACCAGCGAAUUCAUACUGGAGAGAAGCCGCAUCACUGUGUUGUAUGUGGGCAGAGUUUCAGUCAGUUAGGAACCCUAAAAAGACACCAGCAAAUUCACACUGGAGAGAAGCCGCAUCACUGUACUGAAUGUGGGGGGAGCUUCAGUCGGUUAGGAAGUCUAAAAAGACACCAGCGAAUGCACUCUGGUGAGAAGCUAUAUCUCUGUUCUGAAUGUGGGGAGCGUUUCAGUAUGUCAGCAAACCUAAACAUACACCAGCGAAUUCACACUGGAGAGAAGCUAUAUCUCUGUUCUGAAUGUGGGGAGCGUUUCAGUAUGUCAGCAAACCUAAACAUACACCAGCGAAUUCACACUGGAGAGAAGCUGCAUCACUGUUCUGAAUGUAGGGAGAGCUUCAGUGAGUUAGGAAGCUUAAGAGCACACCAGCAAAUUCACACUGGAGAGAAGCUGUAUUACUGUUCAAAUUGUUGCAAGAAAUUUGCUUUCACCAGUCAACUGAAAAAGUGUAAAUGCUAG